UCUCAAACGGUUAAAUUUUGAACUCUUGUAUAACUUCAGCGUUUUUAAAAUGUACUGCAAACUUAUUUUAUUGUUUGUGUUUUUCUGUAUUAAAAACGGUGACGCCUUACCCUCAGCGAAGAUGUUGGUUACCUUUUUUGCAAGUCAUAGUGAAAAAGGUGUAAUGCCCCUUAAUGUUUUUAAAACUUUUGUACAACAAAACUAUGAUAUGACCCAAGAUUGCGAGGACACGGUUGGGAAGAUUGAAUCCAAAUUAUCACGUAUGUAUCCACAGCACGGGAAAAACGUAAUUUACAAAAAGUAUAAGUGCAGACCGAAACAGGCGAUGUGUUUUAAUAUAAAAAAUAUCUCUUUGUUAACUUUAAAAUGUAACCCUAACUUCAUUCGUAGUGAAUUUUAUAGUUGUACAUCCUUAUUCAUAAGUAUGCAGUUACAGUUAGAUUAAAAAGUAGGCAGUUACAGUUUUGUUUUUUGUUUUACAUUGGGUUUCUUUGCCAAAAAUUAUGUUAUUGUAUAGAAAAACUAUUAGUCGAAAAUCGCCUUCAAAAAAACAACACUGCAAUUUCACUUUCAAGAAUGGUAUCAAAAAGGGAACUUUUAUUUGGGCUAUUAAUUCAGUUGAUAAUUCGAUUCAACUUCAAGAUGCUUUAAGCCCAGCGGAGUUAUUGGAAGAAUAUUUUGAUAGAGAAAAUAAAAAUGGUAUACUGUCCUAUGAUGCGUAUUUAUCUUAUGUACAACAAAACUACAAAACGGCAGAAUAUUACGAUAAAUUGGUUACUAAUAUUAGUAAACGAUUGAAGUAUGGUAUCAAUCAGGAAAUAUUUACUUGGACAAUUAGUAAUGUAGACAAAAGAAUUCCAUGUCCAAAAGGUUUCACUCCUUUAGACACUGCUGGUUCAAGUCAACAUGCAGAACUUCUCGAGAAGUCCAAAAGAAUGGAUAACGAGUUUGAUGGGGAAUAUUUUGAUAGAACUAAAUAAUAUAUUUCGAUGCACAUUACAUAUUAUUAAUAAAUAACACCGAAAAUAUUAGAUUAAUACAUAUUAUUUUAAUGAUUUUGUUGAAUUAUUUAUUCCUGCAGAUUUUUGUUGUACCGUACCGUAUGUUUAAACAUUAAAAUAAUAUCAC